CGCCGCGACGACAGCGGUUCCCGCCGAACUCAGCGAGCAGUGUCUCCUCGCCCCUCUUCCUCCCGCUCGGGACGCUCGGCGGAGCGAGCUCGACAUGGGCCACCGCCGCGCCGCCUCGCCGCCGCGGGCUCGUCACCGAACCCAAGCCGAGGUCGACGCCGCCGUCUGCCGCCUCAUGCUGCCCGUCCUGCCCUACAUGGGCCCCGGCACCUCGACCCUCGAGGACGCAGCCGAGGCGAACGCCGCCGCCCUCGUCGACGCCCUCCCCGCCGAGCCGGUCGCGCCGCCUCCCUCGUCCUCUUCGACUCGCCGCCGCCUCGACGAGCCGAGUGCCGCCUCCUGGACGCUCACCUCGUCCACCCUCGACACGCCGACCGACCCUCCCCCUGCGUACGACGACCUGUACGGCCGUCCCGCCCCACCUCCCCGCCGCCGCUCCCUCUCCUUCUUCCCCUCGACCCACCCCCUGUCGCCCUCCUCUUCUUCGCCCGCCAGCACGCCCUUCUCCUCGACGUCGACAUCGCCCACCGAUAGCGAGUUCAGCUGGACGCGGCGCCCGUCGGCGCAGCUCGAGCGUCUCGACUCGGGCUACGGCUCGCUCGCGUCGACGCGGUCGCGCGAGCGCAGGGGCAGCUGCGCGAGCGUGCCCGAGGGCGGGAGCCACGACGAGGGCGGGAUAGCGGGCGAGCGCAAGAAGCUGGGCGUGCUCAAGAAGGUCGGCAGGGCCCUGAGUCGCGAGCUACAACGCCCAUGGUCGCACGUCAACGAGAACGCGCUCGGGCACGCCUCGCUCUUUGGUUGAGCGGCGAGGCGGGCGACGGCUUGGGGGAACGACCUGACGACGGCAUGAACGACGCGUUGCGCACGAUACCACCUGAUUUGCAAUUCCACAUCGUCUCUACA